CCAUUGAGCAUAAGGCACAAGGGACAAGAAAAGGAUUAGGAGCAAAGAGCAAGGAAAGGAAGGAUAAUGCAAGAAAUAUUGCAAAGGCUUCAAAGAGCUGGAAAAUAGUUUCUAGAUUAAAAGACCAAGUUGUCAAUAGUUUAAAGCAACAUUCAGGUUUUAACUUCUGUACAAGGCUAUUACAUAAAAUAACUCUAAAGUAAGAAACAACUGAUCAAAAGGAAUUUACCUUUACUAUAUAGAGAAAAUAUACUCAGGUUCAGCUGUUUCAACGCUCCUUGGAAUUUUAAAAUGUUUCAAGCCUUUGUUCGGCAAGCAUAUCACCCGCUACCCAGCCACCAGCCAGGGGAACCUGAAACGAAGUAUAAGGGGAAGCUGGUGCAUGAAACUCAGCUCAACUGCUUCUACAUCAAACCUGGAGGUUCCAACUAUGGGAGUCCCCGUCCAGCUCAUGCCAACAUGAAUGCCAAUGCAGCUGCAGGGCUUGCCCCAGAGCAUAUCCCUACUCCAGGGGCAGCUCUGUCCUGGCAAGCUGCGAUUGAUGCUGCCAGGCAAGCCAAACUGAUGGGUAGUGCUGGCAAUGCAACAAUAUCCACAGCUAGCUCCACGCAGAGAAAACGGCAGCAGUACGGGAAACAGAAAAAACAGGGUACCACCACAGCUACACGUCCUCCCCGGGCACUGCUGUGUUUAACACUGAAAAAUCCCAUCCGGAGGGCAUGCAUCAGCAUCGUAGAAUGGAAAUCAUUUGAAAUAAUUAUUUUACUGACUAUUUUUGCCAAUUGUGUGGCCUUAGCUAUCUAUAUCCCCUUUCCAGAAGAUGAUUCCAAUGCCACCAAUUCCAAUCUGGAACGAGUGGAAUAUCUCUUUCUCAUAAUUUUUACAGUGGAAGCAUUUUUAAAAGUAAUAGCAUAUGGACUUCUCUUUCACCCCAACGCUUACCUCCGCAAUGGCUGGAAUUUACUAGAUUUUAUAAUUGUGGUAGUAGGGCUUUUUAGUGCAAUUUUAGAACAAGCAACCAAAGCAGAUGGGGGGAAUUCAAUAGGAGGAAAAGGUGCCGGAUUCGAUGUUAAAGCACUGCGGGCUUUCCGAGUAUUACGGCCGUUACGGCUGGUGUCUGGAGUUCCUAGUCUCCAGGUGGUUUUAAAUUCAAUUAUCAAGGCCAUGGUCCCUUUGUUGCAUAUUGCCCUGCUGGUGCUGUUUGUCAUUAUCAUCUAUGCCAUCAUUGGACUGGAGUUAUUCAUGGGGAAGAUGCAUAAGACCUGCUACCAUGUGCAAGGGGGACUGAUAGAUACACCUGCAGAAGAUGAUCCGUCUCCCUGUGCCCCCCAGUCUGCGCAUGGGCGGCAGUGUCAGAACGGCACGGAGUGCAAGGCAGGCUGGGAGGGACCCAAACACGGCAUUACGAACUUUGACAAUUUUGCUUUUGCCAUGCUGACGGUGUUUCAGUGCAUCACGAUGGAGGGCUGGACAGAUGUACUGUACUGGGUCAAUGAUGCCAUAGGAAGGGACUGGCCCUGGAUCUAUUUUGUUACACUAAUCAUCAUAGGGUCAUUUUUUGUACUUAACUUGGUUCUCGGUGUACUUAGCGGGGAGUUUUCCAAAGAAAGAGAGAAGGCUAAGGCUCGGGGCGAUUUCCAGAAGUUACGGGAAAAACAACAGCUAGAGGAGGAUUUGAAGGGGUACUUAGACUGGAUAACUCAAGCAGAAGAUAUUGACCCAGAAAAUGAAGAUGAAGGCAUGGAUGAGGAGAAGCCUCGAAACAUGAGCAUGCCCACCAGUGAGACCGAGUCCGUGAACACAGACAACGUUCCUGGAGCAGAUAUUGAAGGGGAAAACUGCGGUGCUAGGCUAGCGCAUCGGAUCUCAAAAUCAAAGUUUAGUCGUUACUGGCGCCGAUGGAAUCGAUUCUGCAGAAGAAAGUGCCGCGCUGCUGUCAAGUCCAAUGUUUUCUACUGGUUGGUGAUCUUCCUGGUGUUUCUCAACACCCUUACCAUUGCCUCUGAACACUACAACCAGCCAGACUGGCUCACGGAGGUCCAAGAUACUGCCAAUAAGGUGCUGCUAGCUCUUUUCACGGCAGAGAUGCUGCUGAAGAUGUACAGCCUUGGUCUCCAGGCCUAUUUUGUGUCCCUCUUCAACCGCUUUGACUGUUUCAUCGUGUGUGGAGGAAUCCUGGAAACAAUUCUGGUUGAGACAAAGAUCAUGUCACCACUGGGCAUUUCGGUGUUGAGAUGUGUUCGACUACUAAGAAUAUUUAAAAUCACAAGAUACUGGAACUCCCUGAGUAACCUUGUGGCUUCACUCCUGAAUUCAGUCCGCUCCAUUGCCUCCCUGUUGCUGCUUCUCUUCCUCUUCAUUAUCAUCUUCUCACUCCUGGGGAUGCAGCUCUUUGGGGGCAAGUUUAACUUUGAUGAGAUGCAGACCAGGAGGAGUACAUUUGACAACUUUCCCCAGUCCCUCCUCACUGUGUUUCAGAUCCUGACUGGGGAGGACUGGAAUUCGGUGAUGUAUGAUGGGAUCAUGGCUUAUGGCGGCCCCUCUUUUCCAGGAAUGUUGGUCUGUAUUUACUUCAUCAUCCUCUUCAUCUGUGGAAACUAUAUCCUGCUGAAUGUAUUUUUGGCCAUUGCUGUGGACAACCUUGCUGAUGCUGAGAGUUUAACAUCUGCACAGAAAGAGGAGGAAGAGGAAAAAGAAAGGAAAAAGCUAGCUAGGACUGCUAGUCCUGAAAAAAAACAGGAGAUAGAGAAAACAGCUGUGGAGGAGGAGACAAAGGAGGAGAAAAUUGAGCUGAAAUCGAUCACUGCUGAUGGAGAAUCCCCACCUGCUACCAAGAUCAACGUGGAUGAUUAUCAGCCCAAUGAAAAUGAAGAAAAGAGCCCAUAUCCCACAACAGAAGCGCCAGCAGAGGAAGAUGAGGAAGAACCUGAGAUGCCUGUCGGCCCUCGGCCUCGCCCGAUGUCUGAGCUGCACCUCAAGGAAAAGGCUGUGCCCAUGCCUGAUGCCAGUGCUUUUUUCAUCUUCAGUCCUAACAACAGGUUUCGUGUCCACUGCCAUCGAAUCGUUAACGAUAACAUUUUCACCAACCUGAUCCUAUUUUUCAUCUUGCUCAGCAGCAUCUCCCUGGCAGCUGAGGACCCCGUCCGACACCUCUCCUUUAGGAACCAAAUUCUCUUUUAUUUUGAUAUAGUUUUUACUGUCAUUUUCACCAUUGAAAUUGCUCUGAAGAUCCUAGGCAAUGCAGACUAUGUCUUCACUAGUAUCUUUACAUUAGAAAUUAUUCUUAAGAUGACCGCAUACGGGGCUUUCCUCCAUAAGGGCUCCUUCUGCAGAAACUAUUUCAACAUCUUAGACCUGCUGGUGGUCAGCGUUUCUCUCAUCUCUUUUGGGAUCCAGUCCAGUGCCAUCAAUGUAGUGAAGAUCCUGCGUGUUCUGCGAGUGCUUAGACCACUGAGAGCCAUCAACAGAGCCAAAGGACUAAAGCAUGUGGUCCAGUGCGUGUUUGUCGCCAUCCGAACCAUCGGAAACAUUGUGAUUGUCACCACUUUGCUGCAGUUCAUGUUUGCCUGCAUUGGAGUUCAGUUGUUUAAGGGCAAGCUGUACAGCUGUACUGAUAGCUCCAAGCAGACGGCAGCAGAAUGCAGAGGAUACUACAUUACGUAUAAGGAUGGUGAGGUUAACCAGCCGAUGAUACAGCCCCGCAGCUGGGAGAACAGCAAGUUUGACUUUGACAACGUCUUGACUGCCAUGAUGGCCCUCUUCACUGUCUCAACCUUUGAGGGCUGGCCAGAGUUGCUGUAUAGGUCCAUUGAUUCCCACAUGGAGGAUGUGGGACCCAUCUAUAAUCACAGGGUUGAGAUCUCCAUCUUCUUUAUUAUCUACAUCAUCAUCAUUGCUUUCUUCAUGAUGAACAUCUUCGUUGGUUUCGUCAUCGUCACAUUUCAGGAACAAGGAGAACAAGAGUACAAGAACUGUGAGCUGGACAAAAACCAGCGUCAGUGUGUAGAAUAUGCCCUGAAGGCCCGGCCGCUGCGGAGAUACAUCCCUAAAAACCAGUACCAGUACAAAGUUUGGUAUGUGGUCAACUCCACCUAUUUUGAAUACCUGAUGUUCGUUCUGAUCCUGCUGAACACCAUCUGCCUGGCCAUGCAACACUACGGUCAGAGCUGCAUGUUCAAGGAAGCCAUGAAUAUCCUCAACAUGCUCUUCACUGGUCUCUUCACUGUUGAGAUGGUCCUGAAAUUAAUCGCCUUCAAACCCAAGGGUUACUUUAGUGAUCCUUGGAAUGUUUUUGACUUCCUCAUCGUAAUUGGCAGCAUUAUAGACGUCAUUCUCAGUGAAACUAAUCACUAUUUCUGUGAUGCAUGGAAUACAUUUGACGCCUUGAUUGUUGUGGGUAGCAUUGUUGAUAUAGCAAUCACCGAGGUGAACCCAGCUGAACAUACCCAAUGCUCUUCCUCUAUGAACGCAGAGGAAAACUCUCGCAUCUCAAUCACCUUCUUCCGACUCUUCCGCGUGAUGCGUCUCGUGAAGCUCCUGAGCCGAGGGGAGGGCAUCCGGACGCUGCUUUGGACCUUCAUCAAGUCCUUCCAGGCUCUCCCCUAUGUGGCUCUUUUAAUAGUGAUGUUGUUCUUCAUCUACGCCGUUAUCGGGAUGCAGGUGUUUGGUAAAAUUGCGCUGAAUGAUACCACAGAAAUCAACCGCAACAACAACUUCCAGACCUUCCCCCAGGCAGUGCUGCUGCUUUUCAGGUGUGCCACUGGUGAGGCCUGGCAGGAAAUCAUGCUGGCAUGUCUCCCAGACAAGAAGUGCGACCCAGAGUCGGAGCCAGCCAACUCCACCGAAGCCGAUCACUCCUGUGGCAGCAGCUUCGCUGUCUUCUAUUUCAUCAGCUUCUACAUGCUCUGUGCCUUCCUGAUCAUCAAUCUUUUUGUAGCUGUUAUAAUGGAUAACUUUGAUUACCUGACACGGGACUGGUCCAUUUUAGGACCACACCACCUGGAUGAGUUUAAAAGGAUCUGGGCAGAGUAUGACCCCGAAGCCAAGGGACGGAUCAAACACUUGGACGUGGUGACACUGCUCCGGCGGAUUCAGCCCCCCCUGGGCUUCGGGAAGCUCUGCCCUCACCGGGUGGCUUGCAAACGCCUUGUCUCCAUGAAUAUGCCACUGAACAGUGAUGGGACUGUCAUGUUCAAUGCCACUCUCUUUGCAUUGGUCAGAACAGCACUGAGGAUCAAGACAGAAGGUAACCUGGAGCAAGCCAACGAAGAACUGAGAGCAAUAAUUAAGAAAAUCUGGAAGCGUACCAGUAUGAAGCUGCUGGACCAGGUGGUGCCUCCCGCAGGUGAUGACGAGGUGACCGUCGGGAAGUUCUAUGCCACUUUCCUGAUUCAGGAAUAUUUCCGGAAGUUCAAGAAACGUAAAGAACAGGGACUGGUGGGCAAGCCCUCCCAGCGCAACGCGCUCUCCUUGCAGGCUGGUCUGCGCACACUUCACGACAUUGGGCCAGAGAUCCGACGAGCAAUUUCUGGAGACCUGACAGCUGAAGAAGAGCUAGAUAAAGCCAUGAAAGAAGCUGUUUCUGCUGCCUCUGAAGAUGAUAUCUUCCGGAGAGCUGGAGGCUUGUUCGGAAACCACGUCAGCUAUUACCAAAGUGAUGGCAGGAGUGCGUUCCCCCAGACGUUCACCACGCAACGACCUUUGCACAUCAAUAAGUCUGGCAACAACCAGGGAGAUACUGAGUCUCCAUCUCAUGAGAAGUUGGUGGACUCCACCUUCACUCCCAGCAGCUACUCAUCUUCAGGCUCCAAUGCCAACAUCAACAAUGCCAACAACACUGCCCUGUGCCGCUUCCCCAGCCCACCCAGCUACCCCAGCACCGUCAGCACAGUGGAAGGCCACGGGACUCCCUUGUCACCCACCAUACGUGUGCAGGAGGCUCCUUGGAAACUACCUUCCAAAAGCUCCAGUUCCAGAGACAGCCAGCUGGCAAUUGUUUGCCAAGAGGAAGUGUCUCAGGAUGAGACUUAUGAUGAAAAUUUGAAUGAAGACAUUGAGUACUGUAGUGAACCAAGUCUGCUCUCUACUGAAAUGCUUGCAUACCAAGAUGAUGAAAACAGACAACUGACGCCACCAGAAAACAACAAAGGAGAGGACAGCCGGCACUCUCCGAAGAAAGGGUUUCUGUGCUCCUCAGCACUAGGUCGAAGAGCAUCUUUUCACUUAGAAUGUCUGAAAAGACAGAAAAACCAGGGCGUAGACGUCUCGCAGAAGACAGUUCUGCCUUUGCAUCUGGUACAUCACCAGGCAUUAGCGGUGGCCGGCCUGAGUCCCCUGCUCCAGCGAAGCCAUUCUCCCACCAUGUUCUCUCGGCUGUGCGCUACACCCCCCGCUACACCCUGCAGCCGUGGCUGGCCUCAACAGACCAUCCCAACUCUGCGCCUCGAUGGGGCAGAGUCCAGUGAGAAGCUCAACAGCAGCUUCCCGUCAGUACACUGCGCCUCUCGGUACACUGACAACACCGGCUGCAGCAGCCCGAGGAGAGCCAGGCCGGUCUCCCUCACCGUCCCCAGCCAGACCGGAGGGAGCAGCAGGCAGUUUCACGGCAGCGCUGGCAGCCUGGUUGAAGCGGUCUUGAUUUCGGAAGGACUGAUGCAGUUUGCUCAAGAUCCAAAGUUCAUUGAGGUCACAACCCAGGAGCUCGCAGACGCCUGUGACAUGACGAUAGAAGAGAUGGAAAAUGCAGCAGACAACAUUCUCAAUGGUAACAGCAAGCAGAGCCCCAAUGGCAACCUCUUGCCUUUUGUUAACUGCAGGGACCCAGGGCAGGACAGUGCAGGAGAGGAAGAGGAAGAGGUGCAGAACCCGGAUUGUAGAAAAAGUCAGGAGGAGCUCAAGGACAGCAGGAUUUAUAUCAGCAGCCUGUAGUUGCCAGGGCUGGAAGCGAUGCUGGUUUUUUAUUUGUUUCAAUGUUCCUAAUGGGUUUGUUUCAGAAGUGCCUCACUGUUCUCGUGACCUGGAGUAACCGGAACAGCGUUCUUCAUUCAUUUCUGUUGGGACGAGUCGCAGAGUUGGGUGGUGUAAGAAAGCUUUUCAGGAGCGGAUAUAACCCAAGCACGUAUCCAUGAAGGAAGAGUGAGGAGGAGGAGGAAGAGGAGGAGAGCCAGCUCCCUCUUUUUUUCAGUCCCUGCACAAGGAACGACGACUGCCUCCCGAGCGCGAAGGGGAACCUCAGCUUCCUGUGGAUGGCCCUAGCCAAAAGGACCCUGCAUCAAACGGGUGUCUUUCAACUUUGCUUGUAAAAAUCAUUUUGCACAUAUUCUGUAUGAGCCUCACCGUCUCCAUAAAGCCAAGGCCCUUUGAUUCGGAAGGAGAGGAGGACUUCUUCUGCUGUGGAUUCCCGUACCGCGAAGGGGAGGAGGAAGCAGAAGAAGCCCGAGGGCGCCCGAGGGACAGGUGGCAGCGCUGCCCAACCCUGCCAAGACUCCCAGGCAGCAGUUUCUGCAAACCAAUCCAAGCUCAGGCAGCCACUCCUGCCAACCAAUCAGAGCUCGAGCAGUCACUUGCCAGCCAAUCCGAGCUCAGGCAGUCUUCUGCCGACCAAUCAGAGCUCAGACAGCCAGCCGUGCCAGCCAGUGGGAGAGCGGGGAGCAGGCUCUGCGGCGGGGCUGAGCCGACCUGCCCCGCACUUGCUGAGAUGGUGGUGGGCUUGUGUAGAUCUCUCCUUGUUUUGCAGUUUGAUAUUUUCUUGAAAGCAUGUUGCAGUUUUUAUUUUGACUAUUUUAUUAUUAUUUUUUUGGAGGGAGAAGGGAGUGUUUACAACGUUUUGUAAUCACCUACCUUUUUGUUUUGGUUUAUUUUCACUUUUGCAAAUGUUAAAUUGGUUUGGUCAUGUUGUAUUAUUUAAACUGGGGGUUUUUUCUCCAUUGGAAUUUGGUAGAAGUAUAACGAUAGAUGAGUUUUACCAACCAUUAUGUACACCAAGAAUUUGUAAUUUUAUUUGCUAGAAUUGAAACCUCCUUUUUUUGUUGUUGUUUUAUAAUUUAAAGAUAGUAGGCAAUGCACUUGAUAUAGUCUUGCACAUUUGAGUGAUUGAUUUGGGUUCUUUUUAGUGCUAAGUAUAUCUGUGAGUGUGGGAGCAAUACCGAGCGAGUGUGCGUGUGCGCGCGUGCGUGUGUGUGUGUAAGUGCAUGCAGUUCUCCACAUCCUGGUUUGAGCUGCAGGAGAUCUGUAUCUGGGGCCAUUUGAAUGCAAAAACAAACCACUGUCUCUGCUUUUGAAAGGGGAAUCAGUAACUCUUUGCAUUUUCUGUUCCACAAGAUAUGCAAAAACAAUGCAAUAAUAUUAAUUUUAAAAUACAAUUGUAAGUUGUGUUGGCAUUAAAACUGUGUAGAAAAAAAUGCGGGGGUGGGGGGAAACAAAAAAAAAACCCAGAAGGCGUUACGCUUCGAUAUAUUCCGUGUGAUGUUUUAUUGCAUUGAUAAUGUUUCUGUUGAAGAAACCGUUAUACUUGAAUUCAGGUCAGUUUCAGUAUUUUUCAAAUAUUUUUUUAAAAUGAAUUGCAAUUGUGCCAAGCAAAGAUAAUGAAUUGAAUUAAGUUUGUUUAAAAAAAAAAAGAAAAAAAAAGAAUCACUUCUUGUAUAUUUUGCUGCAUGUCAAGUGAAUCAUUUCGUAUUUGGAAUGUGCCAAGCUUUACCUUUGAACUUUUAAGUGCUUUUCUACGUGUGGUUGGGGAAAGGGGUACUAUUUUUUUUCCUUUUUUAAUUUGUACAAUGAACAAAAUGUACCUGGUGUAAGUAACUAUUCUACAAUCCACUGACAGGUUGAACGUUACUGAUUUUGCAUAUCUUGUGUUCACUUUCCUUCUUCCUCACUCCCUUUAAACAUGCACGAUGACUUUAUUGGUAGAGAAUCUUUCUUCCCGUGACUGGGACAUUUUAUUCAGGCUUUGUUCUCUUUCCUUUUGUUCAGUUUCUCUAAAGGUCUCAUCCCACUCGUGGGUAGCAAGACCCCCAAGCCCAUUUGGCAGAUCCAUCGUCAGUGUUCAGCUGGCACCAGCAAUUCAAGGAGCGGGGGAAAAAAUCUGCUUUCAAAUUUCUUUUAUUAAAUAGCUGACCUUGAUCAAUUAUAACAGGAUCCUGGGAUAAGCAAAUGCAAGAGGCAGAAUUGUUAGCAAAGUAAAAUUACCUAACUCUGGUCUGGACUGAAAGCAGAGGGUUAAGUGAGGGAGAGAGCUCUGGAUCGUUGCUUCACAGAAUUACUGCAGUCUGGUCAAGAUGCAGAUGUUAAGGGACUUUUUUGUGUUCCUAUGCAUGGUUUCAUCCCUCUUCCCAGACUUUAGUGGAUGGGUCAGAUUCUAAGUCACAAAACAUCCAGCGGCACAGCAUGUCCCAGCCCUAUUUCCCUACUAGUGAGCGUGAACCUCUCUUGACUUUCCUCACACUGAUACUUGGCCCCAACCCAUGAGAGAGGCUGAAAAACCAGGCAGGUAUGGUUAGAUUUUAUGCAACUGAUUUUUGUCUAGACUACUGCUGUUUUUUCUCCCUUCUCAAGAUGGUUCACAAACUUGCAGAUCAUUGCUGAGCUAGGAGGUGCGAUCUGACUCAGAGCUAAACUUUCAUUCAAAUCUUGAGCUUUUGCAGAUGUCUGGGAACAUCAUUUAUUGCAUAUGUUGAUUACAUUGUUUUUGUAAUGCCCUUGUUUUUCUUCUUAAUUCUCUGGGGCAUAAAACAGAAAUAGCAAAGGGUAUUUUUGAUAGUGGACUUUUUUCAGUGUCAUUUUGAACCAGCCAGUAGCAGCUCGAGAUACCUUGAAAAAAACCCAAAUCCUUUUAAACUAGAGAAAUAUUAAUCCAUUUAUACAAUAGCAUCAAAGUCCUAAUUCAAGACUUCCCUGGAGAAAGUAACCAACUGCUGUCAGUCAGUCUCAUCCUUUGCAUCCCUCGUGCCUGUAUCGAGCCGGGCACACAAGCGUGCCUCCCUUUGAGAGUUUGUUGCUGCUAGUGCUGGUGUGUUCCAAAGCUAUUUGAAAGGAAAUAAAGCUGUGCCUGGCUGUUUCUGAAAAUUAAAUCAGUAUAAGGGAUCCCUAUCUCAUUUUCUUCCACUAGAAAGUCCAUCUGACCCUCCCAGUGGGAGAUAGAGGUGUUCUCUGCUCCUGAGAAACAAAGUCCUGAUCUAAAUUAGUGGUGGCAAUGGGCCUUUUGGAUGUUUGACAGCCCAUCUCAUCCUUUAGGAUUUUUCUUGAGAGGAAGGAAAAUGGUGGAAGGAAUUAUGCCCCACGCAUUCCCAGUGAAAGCUGCAGCUCCCUCAGGGGUCAGAGCCUACAAUGGCCACGGGAAACCCUGCUCUCUGCUGGAAGACCCCUUAGGUCCUGCAGAGUGGAAAACACAUGGCGAGCAGAGGAUGCAGACAACUUUUGCGGUUUGGGGGGCAGGUGUUAAAUUUAGUAAUUGCUGGUGCUGGCUGUGCAAAUUUCUCUUUCUGGGGAGGGUGGCAUUUUUUUAAUUUUUUUUUUCAUUUGAGGUACUUCCAACGUGCACAUUGUGACAGGCCUGAGCAAAGAGCUACUGCCUCCUUCAGGUGAGGUAGAGUCUGGGGGACGGUGGGAAGGCGGGGGCAGGUUUAGUUCCUGGAGUGUCCUUCUUUCCCUGUGUAUGGGAGUGGAUGGUGGGUACAAUCACUGUGCUGUGGAUGGAAGCUUUGAAGGAACCGAUGGCUGACGAGUGGCAUGGAAGGAAAGGAAAGAGUGGGGAAAACGAUCUGCUCUUUGCCACUGAGCAUCUCUGACUUGCAAGAGUACACUGCAGACUAAAGACAUUUCUUAUAAAACAACAAACCUCCUCCCUGUGUGACUCCUGCUCAUUAUUCCAGGCAGUACUGGGCCAGCCACACGGGGUGCAUUUCUUUUUUUCUUCCUUAUUUCUGUGUGGCUGAUGUGAUGGGGAAGAAAGUGGAACUCAUGAUCCAGAGCUGGAGUUUCGUUAUCCACAGACCUUUUCUGCAUCAUCUGCCUCUUCAGAUGGACAUGUGAACGAUGAUGGUGUAGAUGCUGCUGCUACUGCAGGGGUCCCGCCUGUUUUGUUACCCUGCCCACCACACCCCAGCACGGAAGGACAGCCAGAGAGGCGCCAUGUACAGAAUCGCAUCUAUUUCUGCUUUGUUUUCUGACUCAGAACCCUACCCCUGAUAACUAUGACAACGAUGACAACAACAACAACAAAAAAAGGGCAAAUGCAUUUUUUACAUUUCUUGAUAAUUUCCAAAGCAAUGUAUCAUUGCUUUCUUUAGACUGACGCCAAUAUAACAGUUGUAUGGGUC